AUGGAGACCAUCCUUGCGGUGCGCUGCAAGGACCGCUUGAACUCCCUAGCCAUCUCCGUCAUGAACCAGUGGCCGGGUGUGAAGCUGCGGGUGACGGAGGGCUGGGACGAGGACGGGCACCACUCGGAGGAGUCGCUGCAUUACGAGGAGCACUCGGCCGCUGCGAAGACGGGGGGCUGCUUCCCCGGCAGGGCGCUGGCAACGCUGGAGGACGGUGCCCGGACACCGCUGUGGGCACUGCGCCCGGGCCAGCGGGUGCUGGCGAUGGAUGGGGCAGGCAGGCCCACCUACAGCGACUUCUUGGUUUUCCUGGACAAGGAGCCCCCUGCUGCCCGCUUCCGUCCCACCUUUGCCAGCCGCGUGCGCCCCGGACAUUUUGUGCUGGUGGCAGCGGUGGGGGGGGGCUUGCAGCCCGCCGAGGUGGUGGGGGUGCGGAACCGGAGGGACGUGGGAGCCUAUGCCCCACUGACACGCCAUGGGACACUGGUGGUGGACGGCAUGGUGGCCUCGUGCUUCGCCCUGGUGCAGGAGCAACAUCUGGCACAGCUGGCCUUCUGGCCACUCCGGCUCUACCACAGCCUGGUGGGGUGGCCAGGGGCGCAGGGGGAUGGCGUGCACUGGUACUCGGGGCUGCUCUACCGCCUGGGCAGGCUGCUCUUGCCCCCCGACAGCUUCCACCCACUGGGGGUACCCUGGGCAGAGAGCUGA